CGCCGGAACUAGUGGUGCUGGGGAAGGCUGAGCCGGUGCACCAGUGGACUGGUUAUUUUGUUGUAAAGGAGGAUGAUGACGGUGCGGUGUGGGAUUUUAGUGCGGAAUUUACAUGUUUUUUCAUCCUCAAACCGACACCUAUUUGGAACGAGUUUUGCCGGGUGCAGACAAUACAAUUCGACAAGAGCCUUCUCUGCAGCUCCACGUGACCAAAAAUCAUCACUUAAGGAAAUUGAGAAUGAAGAAGAUGGAGCCAUAAAAUUUAGCACCAGUAAGGCAAGCGGUUCUGUCUGGUCUGUGGAGAAAGCACUGGGCGGUGGUCAUCAAAAACCUUGGUGGAAGGUUCUUCCCCUCAGUCUGGCUGCAAUUGCUUUUUUAGCUUGGUGCAUCCUUAGGAAAGAAACUGAAGUUGAUAGAAUCAUGGGACAAACUUUGAGUGACCAUUUUCCUGAUCUCAUACUGUCCGAGGCUGAGCCAGAGGAAGAUGCCAAGAAACCAAACAAAACAACGUAAUGAAUGGAGGAUGGUAUCUCCCGCAAUUAGGCAUGUUUUUUUUUUUUUUUUUUUUUUUGAAAUUGUAGAUGAUAAAAUUCAUUAUGAAACUGCCGUCCAGAAGCAAAUUAUUGCAGAGGUUGGAAAUCUGAAAUAAAAAUGGACAAUACUAGAAAUACCCAACUGGCCAGACAGCACCUAUGGAGUCAGAAUUGUAUUCACAAUUUCAAAUCAAUGACCUUUCCUUAGAAUGGAAUAAAGAUAGAAAUAAACCAUUUUAAGUUGCAGAGAUGGGGAGGAGCAGAAAAUUAAUAAAGGAAAGUGAUAUGGUGGAAGCCAAGAAAGAUUGAAUGACACCAGUAUGCCUGGUGCUGUUGAAUGAGAGUGAGAAAGAUUUGUAAGCUACAAAAGGUGCAUUGGGAAACAAAAAGGGAAAAAUAAAAUACAAAAUUACCAGUACAAGGGAGAGUAAAAAGAUACGACUGAAAUGGCUGAUUAACUCUUGAGUUUUGAAAGCUGCAAUGAACCCAGAAGAAACCCAUGGUCCUGUUCUAUAAACUGGUAUUGAACUUUGCUUAAAACAGCAUAGACCACCAAAUACAGAUGCCAGAAUACGAGUUGAAUGGAGACUCCUAUUCUUUGCAGCUUUAAGCAUGUUUAACUUCUAACUUUUCCCGAUUCUGAUAAAGGGUCUUUGAUCU